AUGGGAUCCAUCUCGCAUACCAAACGUGUCCUACUCCUCACCAACUCCGAGCACGGCCAAGCCAACGUCUUCCUAGCCACCAGUUACGCCCUCCUCACACUCCCAGACGAAGAUGUUGAUGUCCACUUCGCUUCCUUCCCACCCAUCCAGAAGUAUGUCCUCUCCACAUACGAAGAUGCCAAGCGUGACAAGGCUCUUGCCCGCCCCAUCAUCUUCCACACCAUCCCGGGCAUCGACAUGGUAUCCGCUUGGCUCCGACCCGAAAUCGCCGCCGACCGGGUCAACAUGAACCAAACACGCAUCGGCCUCAUCCGCGCCAUCCGGCGCAUGCGCCUCCUGUUGCGGGUCACGCUCCCCUGGCUCGGCCCCGAGUUUGUUGAGAUCUUCUGGGCCAUCGUCGAGAUUGUCACCAAUGUCCAACCAUCCAUCGUCGCGGUCGACCCGGCCUUUUCCCAUGCUUUGACCGCCCUCGGCUAUAUCAACCAUAGCGACCGAAGUCCCAACACCUUCAAAUUCAUCAUUCUCUCCCCCAACACUAUCAAAGACUUUGCCAUGCCCUUCCAGCCCCACGCCCAAGCCCUCUGGAAGUACCCGUGCAUCGGGAUGGCCUACCCAUUCCCUGUUCCCUUGCUCUACAUCCCAUGGAAUAUCUACCUGAUUUUGUUCUCCAUUAUUGUUGCCGCCUUCCUCGACAGCAAUCGCCGUUCCAUCCAGCGACAUCUCACGUUGCACACUGAUGAGAAAACAAAAGUCACGACGCUAAACGAUCUCAGCCUCAGCCCAGAUAGAAUGCGGGUCAAGUUUCUCGUGGCUAACCUACCGGAGGUUGAGUUCCCGUUGAAGGUCAUAGCAAGGCAUAUUAUUCCGUGCGGACCGAUGAUCAGACCGUCAAAACCGCUAGAGGAGGCGGAUCCGGAGUUGGCGGGGUGGUUAAAACAAGGUGGUAAGACGGUGUAUAUCAAUCUUGGGACGCAUGUGCUGUUUGAUGAGGCGGGGCAGAAGGAGAUGGCAAGGGCGGUGAGGAUGUUGUUGGAUGUGGCGAUGGGGACUGUGUGGAGGGAUACGGAGAAGAGAUUGAGGGGGUUGAAGAUCUUGUGGAAGGUGCCCGGCUUUGUGAAGAAGGGGAACGAGGGAGGUCGGAAGGGAGGUAAAGAGGACGGUGGUGGUGGUGAGGAGAAUGAGGCCGGUCAAGAGGAUGGAUACUGUCAUGGGGAUGGAGGAUGCCGUGAAGAUCAAAAGAAGUCACCAAUCUACUCCAUUCUUGGCCCGGAAAUAGAGUCAGGCACCGUACGAAUAGUCAAUUGGUUCCAAGCUGAGCCAACAGCCAUCCUACAAAGCGGUAAUCUGGUUUGCGCUGUUCACCACGGAGGCGCCAACUCGUUUCUUGAAACCGUCUGCGCCGGUAUCCCUCAAGUCAUUCUCCCUUCAUGGAUGGACUGCUACGAUUUUGCCCGCCGAGUGGAGAUCCUCGGCAUUGGGCGCUGGGGAAACCGCUUGGCUUCCGAGUCAUCUGAAAACAGCAAUAAGUUGUGCAAUGCGAAGGAGCUGGCAGACGUUUUGAUCGAUGUCGUUGUAGGGGGGAGAUGGUCGGUGUACGCAGAAAAAGCCAAGGAGUUGGCGAAGGUUUGUGGAGGGCCGGAAGUGGGAAGGGAAAUUGCCGCGAGAAUGAUUUUGAGGGAGAUUGACGGGUCUGAAGGAGAUGAUGCUAUUGACGAUGGGCAGGAGGGAGUGGAAGCCGCGAGGGGUAGGGGAGAGAAGAAUGCGGAAAAGGAAUUGUUGAACGGCAAAGGAAGUUCAUGA